CAUUCUCAGCGCUUUUAGAUUCAGCGAUCAUCCUUUCAAACAUUUAGUAGUAAUUUAAUCCUCGUGCAACACGCAGUAUUUGCCCAAUAUAAGCUCGACAAACAGUCGUAAUGUUCGUUCAACAGUUUUGCAUGCGUUCGUAGUCCAGUGCGCUCGCAACAUGUUUCCGAUGAGGAGGAGCGGCAUGAACGGACGAGGAGUCGGCGACAAUGGCGAAGGAACUUUGAUCCUGCUCCUCGUCGCAUUGACUCCUGUUAUCUGCUCCGCCGGAAUCCUGGACCCUUGGCAGUGGGCGCGCAGCGAUCGGAUCGAAGUCAACAUACCUUGGCUACCUUUUGAAAAUGAGACACGUUGCUACGACGAGUUGGGCUGCCUAAACAUCACCAGGAGCUGGUAUCACCUCAUUCAUCGACCUCUCAACGUUUUCCCGUUACCGCGAGAAGUCAUUAAUACCAGAUUCAUCCUCUACACGAAUCAGAAUCCUUUGGACGGUCAAAUAUUAAAAGUGGCUAAGAAUAAAUCCAUCGAAAACUCGAACUUCAAUCCUAAGCGACAAACCAAAUUCAUUAUACAUGGCUUUAUAGACACUCCACUUAGCAACUGGGUCAAGGAAAUGAGAAGUGAGCUGUUGGUGCAUGGUGAUUACAAUGUUAUCGUGGUCGACUGGGCUGGUGGGAGUCUACCUUUGUACACCCAAGCGACAGCAAACACGAGACUGGUUGGACUCGAAAUAGCUCAUCUCAUCAAGCAUUUACAAACAAACUACGGUCUAGAUCCGAACGAUGUGCAUUUAAUCGGGCACAGCCUCGGUGCCCACACGGCUGGCCUAGAUUACACGGACGCCCGACUGGUAGACGUAAUUCACACCGAUGGAAAGAGCAUAUUUUUCUUAGGAUAUGGGAUGAGCCAGCCUUGCGGGCACCUGGACUUCUAUCCGAACAACGGCAAGGAACAGCCCGGCUGCACGGAUCUGAGCGAGACUACGCCAUCGCUGCCGCUUACCUUAAUACGAGAGGGCCUCGAGGAGGCUUCGCGCGUCCUGGUUGCCUGCAACCACGUGCGCGCACUCAAGCUCUUCAUCGAGAGCAUCAACUCCAAGUGUCAGUACGUGGCGCACGAGUGCUCGAGCUACGCGAGCUUCUCGCGAGGCGAGUGCUUCUCCUGCAAGAGCAACAACAGCCUGAGCUGCGGCGUGAUGGGUUACCACGCAGACACCAGUCCUGCGCUGGUAAAACGCCAAGCCAUGGGACAGGAUGUCUCGUCCUUACUGGGCUCCAAAUUCUUCUUCAUGACGGGCAAGGAUGAUCCGUAUUGCAGAAGACAUUACAGAAUUACCAUCAACCUCGCCCGACCGCCGACCGCGGAGAGCUGGGUGCAGGGCUUCAUGAAAGUCACUCUCCACGCCGACAAAGGCAUGAUACGCAACAUGGAUCUCACGCCCAGCGGUUACAUGAAACUGGAGCACGGAUCGACCGCGCGAAUGGUCGUUGCUCAUCCGACCGGUUCCAUCGGCAACAUCGGUAAGAUCCGACGGGUUGAGCUCUCCUGGGUUUACGACAUGGACGUGCUGCAGCCCAGGUCCCUGUGCUUCUUCUGGUGUAAUGAUCGUCUGUACGUUAACAGCGUCAAAGUGGAUGCUAUGGAUCUUCCGGGCAGAGGAAAACGAGAAGCGGAUUUCUCCAGCAAGCUUUGCUCGGUUAGCAGACAGGAAUACGCAGAGAUCGCGAGCGGAUCCACCGCCACGUUCGUCGACAAUUGCUGACGAUCCGUUCCGCGGCGGGAAAUCGCAUUUUGGGCGCGUCAUAUAUAAUUACAAAACACAGCUGCUACCAUCCAGAGGCGAUUCUCGAAAGUCGGACAACGAUGAUGAUGAUGACGAUAAUGAAACGAAACGAGAGAAUCGCGGUCCCUCGUAAUCCUCAUAAUUUCUUUCGCCGGUAAUGAAAGAGGCGGUUUUACUUGUGCUCUCUCUCUAUUUAUCGCGAUCUGCCGCUUUCUUCAAAUGCCGCCCAACGGCACGAGCUACCAAUUAACACUUCUAUGGACGAGACGAUCUGACGCAACUCGCUGCUCUACACAUCUAUAACAGAGUUCCUAGAGAUCCGUCCCGUCGGCGAAGAUUAGAUCCUAAUAACGCGAUUGAAACGCGACCGAUUGCGAAAGCAGUUCGUAGAAAGAGAAAUUCUUAGCAAAUAGACGUCUAAAGUACGAAAUCAAACGAGCCGCGAGCGUGCUUCCGAUAGAAAAGUCUUAACUUCUCGCUAUGCUUUUUUUCUUUUUGGUAACGAUUUCUUCAGUAUUAGUAUUGAUCAAUUUACUAUGUACAUGUUGUAUAUAACAGUAGACGUAACGCAUUAAAAUUAAUUUCUUAUGGAUGUGAUUAUCGCUAGAGAGUCUUAAGUGAUCACUAAUGUAAGGCUCCUAUUAAGCCAAUCUAUGUAUUAUACAUUGAGACACUUAUUCUUUUUUUAUACGAUGAUAUGAUUAUCGUAUUGUCUCUCGCAAUACAAAUAUAACGAUAGGGGUUGUGAUAUUCUCUUGCUUAAGAACUAUAAAAAAAAA